AUGCAAUACAAAAAGACUUUGGUUGCCUCUGCUUUGGCCGCUACUACAUUGGCCGCUUAUGCUCCAUCUGAGCCAUGGUCCACUUUGACCCCAACAGCAACUUACAGCGGUGGUAUUACCGACUACGCCUCCACUUUCGGUAUUGCCGUUCAACCAUUCUCCACCACAUCCAACGCAUCUUCCGCAGCCACCACAGCUUCGUCUAAGGCUAAGAGAGCCGCUUCCCAAAUUGGUGAUGGUCAAGUCCAAGCUGCUACCACUACUGCCUCUGUCUCUACCAAGACCACUGCCGCCGCCGUUUCCCAAAUCGGUGAUGGUCAAAUCCAAGCCACAACCAAGACAACUGCCGCCGCCGUUUCCCAAAUCGGUGAUGGUCAAAUCCAAGCCACAACCAAGACAACUGCCGCCGCCGUUUCCCAAAUCGGUGAUGGUCAAAUCCAAGCCACAACCAAGACUACUGCUGCUGCCGUCUCUCAAAUUGGUGAUGGUCAAAUCCAAGCUACCACCAAGACUACCUCAGCCAAGUCCACUGCUGCUGCCGUUUCUCAAAUCGGUGAUGGUCAAAUUCAAGCUACCACCACCACUUUAGCCCCAAAGAGCACUGCUGCUGCCGUCUCUCAAAUUGGCGAUGGUCAAAUCCAAGCUACCACCAAGACCACUGCCGCCGCUGUUUCCCAAAUCGGUGACGGUCAAAUCCAAGCUACCACCAAGACUACUGCCGCCGCUGUUUCCCAAAUCGGUGACGGUCAAAUCCAAGCUACCACCAAGACUACUGCCGCCGCUGUUUCCCAAAUCGGUGACGGUCAAAUCCAAGCUACCACCAAGACUACUGCCGCCGCUGUUUCCCAAAUCGGUGACGGUCAAAUCCAAGCUACCACCAAGACUACUGCGGCCGCUGUUUCCCAAAUAACUGACGGUCAAGUUCAAGCCACCACCAAAACUACUCAAGCAGCCAGCCAAGUAAGCGAUGGUCAAGUCCAAGCUACCACUGCUACCUCCGCCACUGCUACCUCUACCUCCACUGAUCCAGUCGACGCUGUCUCAUGUAAGACUUCUGGUACUCUAGAAAUGAACUUGAAAGACGGUAUCUUGACUGACGGUAAGGGUAGAAUUGGUUCUAUUGUCGCUAACAGACAAUUCCAGUUUGACGGUCCACCACCACAAGCUGGUGCCAUCUACGCUGCCGGUUGGUCCAUCACCCCAGAAGGUAACUUGGCUAUCGGUGACAACGAUGUCUUCUACCAAUGUUUGUCCGGUACCUUCUACAACUUGUACGAUGAACACAUUGGUAGUCAAUGUACCCCAGUCCACUUGGAAGCUAUCGACUUGAUAGACUGUUAA